AUGGAGAACUUGAUUUCAAGCUGGUGCACCACCGUGAAAUCUCUGCCCCUUCAGUACGUGUUCCCAGAAGACAAAAGACCAGGGGAUCAAAUUGUUCCUAACUUCGACAACUGUCCCGUGAUCGAUCUCGAAAAAGCAGUUUCUGGUGAUCGAAAUGCUGUCAUCCAACAAGUUCUUCAAGCUUCCCAAGACUGUGGUUUAUUCCAGGUUAUCAACCAUGGAAUUUCUGAAGAUCUGAUCAAAGAUGCAAUGGAAAUAGUGAAAGAGUUCUUUAACAUGCCGAAUGAGGAUAAGGCGAGUCUGUACUCGCUUGAUCCUCAAAAGAGUUGCAGACUGUAUACGUCUAGUUUUGACUAUGUUGGGGAGACAGUCCACCGUUGGAGGGAUGUCCUAAAACACAUUUGCGAUCCAGUAGAAGGAUGGGUUGACUCGUGGCCCCAAAAGCCCUCCAAAUACAGAGAGGUUGUGGGGAAAUAUUCGAUUGAAGUAAGGAAUCUGUCGUUUAGAAUACUAGAGAUGAUCCAUGAAGGACUGGAGCUCGGGCCCGGAUACUUUGGGGAUGAUUUGACUGGCGCUCAAAAUUUAUUGUUGAACCACUAUCCGCCAUGUCCCGAGCCAAGUUUGGCCUUGGGAAUAUCGAAACAUUCUGACCCUAAUGUCAUAACGAUCCUUUAUCAAGAAAAUAUUGGCGGGCUUCAAGUGAUGAAGGAUGGACAAUGGGUCGGGAUCGAACCAAUUCCUAAUGCUUUAGUGGUCAUGAUUGGUCAUCUACUGAAGGUUGUCAGUAAUGGAAAGCUUGAAAGUGCAGAGCAUAGAGCUGUGACAAACGCAAAAGAGUCGAGGUACACCAUUGGCAGCUCCAUCAACCCUCGUAGCAAGGAUGUUAUCGUUGAACCUGUAAAGGCGCUCCUUGAGAAAGAUGGUUGUCACCCUCUUUAUCGGGCCUUCAGUUACAAAGACUACCAUCAAGUGUACAAAGAAAACCGAGGCGAGGGUGAACCUACCCUUGAAGUGUUUAAAAUCAAGGGUUAA